AUGAAAUCCUUUGUGUUGUGCUGUGCCAGUUUGGUGUGCUUCUUUGCGCUUGGCGUGCAAGCUGCCUAUUUCUACGAUCGUCCCGAUGGACCGGAAUUUCUGGAUGAAGAUAAAGGACGUUUCGGUCGCUGUGGCGCGCAAUGCUUCUGUGGUACACCGAAUGUCAAUCGCAUCGUUGGCGGCACACAGGUGCGUCACAACAAGUACCCUUGGACGACGCAACUACUUAAGGGACGCUGGCAUGCGCGUCUAUUCUGUGGCGGCUCGUUGAUUAAUGAUCGCUAUGUGCUGACGGCGGCGCAUUGUGUACAAAAUAAUCGUGAUCAGAUAACUGUACGAUUACUGCAAUUGGAUAGAUCGUCGGGGGAUCCUGGCAUCACUAGAAAGGUCAUCCAAACCACCAUACAUCCGCAAUACGAUCAGAGCAGAAUUGUAAAUGACAUCGCCAUUUUGAAGUUGGAUUCGCCCAUACCGUUCAGCAGCAGCAUGCGUCCCGUUUGCCUGCCCGAUAUCAAUCACAAUUUCGACAAAAAAGAUGCGAUCGUCGCCGGUUGGGGUCUUGUGAAGGAGGGUGGCGUCACCUCCAAUUAUCUGCAGGAGGCCACCGUGCCCAUAAUUACUAAUCACGAAUGUCGUCAAACGCGUUACAAAAGCAAAAUCACCGAUGUUAUGCUAUGCGCUGGCCUCGUUCAGACCGGUGGCAAGGAUGCCUGCCAAGGCGACAGCGGUGGUCCGCUGAUUGUCAAUGAAGGCAGAUACAAAUUGGCGGGUGUUGUUUCUUUCGGUUAUGGUUGCGCUCAAGCAAAUGCACCGGGUGUUUAUACUCGUGUCAGCAAAUUCCUUGAUUGGAUUGAGCAAAACACACGCGAUGGUUGCUACUGCAGUAGUUGA